AUGGCUACUUCGAGCAGUGGAGGAUAUCUGAGGGCUCCUAUCUUCAAUGGGUCCAACUACGAUUUUUGGUCCAUCAAGAUGAAGACCAUAUUCAAAUCAUAUGAUCUCUGGAACUUGGUGGACAAGGGUAUCGAAAACGCAGAGCCUGGUGGUGAUUCCAGUGAUGAAGAACAUAAGUCAGUUAAGAGCUCAAUGAAAAUUAAUGAAACCAGAGAUGCAAAAGUUCUUGGCAUCAUUCAAGGGGCAGUUUCUGACGAAAUAUUUCCUCAAAUCUCAAACUUUGAAUCAUCCAAGGCUGCGUGGGAUGUUCUCCAACAAGAAUUUCGUGGUGACAAAAAGGUUAGAUCUGUCCAACUACAAUGUUUAAGGAGAGAUUUUGAGUACACUAGAAUGAAUGAUGGCGAAUCUCUAUCUGUUUAUUUAACAAGAAUGACUGAUAUAGUGAAUCAAAUGAAAACUCUAGGUGAAGAACUAUCAAACCAAAGAUUAGUGCAAAAGAUACUUAUAAGCCUACCCAAAUCCUAUGAUUCCAUUGCAUCAAUUAUAGAAGAAACCAAGGACCUUGAUUCUAUUGAGGUUCAGGAAGUGAUUGGUACACUGAAAGGAUAUGAGCAGAGGUUAAACAUGCAUUCUGAAAGCUUAGCUGAAAAGGCUUUUACUAGCCUAAGUUUGACUGACAGAGAUAGCAGCUACAAGGCUCAGGGGAACAACUCAAAUCAAAAGAAGUUCUGGAAAGGAAAAGGGAAGAAAUAG